ACUCCAGCUAUGGAUGAGGACAUUUUCCCUAGCACCAGUCAAUCUGCUCCAUCGUCGCUUUUCCAUCCACCAUUCAUCAGCAGGCAAUGGCGUAAUGACUGCUGAAUAUAUUUUUUUAACACCGACGUUGACAGUGACUGAAAUUGUCAACCUCCAACUGUCAUUGUUUUUUUAGUUCUUUACCCUAUGUUAUUAAAAACUUCCUGCACAACCGUGACAAUUUUUUUGGGAAGUAUUUCACUCCCACGGGACUUGUAACAACUGAUCAACAGUACUGUCAGUGGAAGAAAAUCCAAGGCGCAGUCUGAUCAUAAAGAUGAGACAUCUCAUGGGGUUGCUUGGAUGCAGCGAAGUUUCCAUUCUUCUCUAAAGACCCAGAAUGCCUUGCGAAGGCAGUGCUAGAUUGUUUGCUUUUUUUUAAAGCUUGCAUACUACAACGCAAAACAUCAAUCAGAGAUGACUGAUCAUGUCAUUUUCAAACCCAACUUCCUUUUGAUAAGUCACGAUCUUAUGAAUCCCUAAAAGCCAGAGUGACUUGAAACGUGAAUGUCAUCCCGACGAUCAGCACUGCUAUUAAAACGUGAUGCAGCAACGAAAAAUCACUAAACGUUGGAGAACGGAUUCGUCUGAUCAGGAGAAAAAUGAGUAUACUGGACCGGGUUAUAAACCAUUGUAUCUACCGAUAGCACUAUCAUGUGAUUCAUGAUUGGAUGCAUGGAACAGAGGUAGAAGAUUCUCUGACUUGGAUCGAGGCAAAUGGGGAGACCUCUUUGAUGAUUAUCUGCACGUAAAAUCACAAACCGUUGUUAUGCCUACGUCGCAUACUUGACACGUCGGCAAACUUGUGGCGUCCAACCUCUAAUAUUGAGAGACCUUAAACUGGCACCUUUUAGACGACUUUCAUUCCCAUCUCCACAACAUUAGUGAUGAAGGAUCAACACAGAUUUGUCCCGGGAGGCCAUUAAUCACAGAUUAAUCAGAUUGAUUUUCUGAAGAUACAAUAAUUUGCGAUUUUUAUCUGCACAUUUAACGGGAGUUGACCUUUAUUGGACUUGAUCAAUGAUUAUAUCCGAUAGAUACAUCGCCAUAAUUUACGUAUAACUUUUGGCGAGUACCCUUCGAAUUUGAAUAUAAAAGAUCUGACCGGAUUCACCAGCCUAUAUCCGAUCGACCCAUAUUCAGACCUAUAUACCUUUGCGUUGUUAACACAAUUUAUUAGACGAAUACACAAAAUACAAACAAAUUUGAAAGGGACAAACUCAUGAUCCCCCUGUUAAUGGGCGGUGGAGAAAUAUCUAUACCUAGCAUUCGAACAUUGCUCGGUGGCGAUUUGAAAAGCUACAUAGAUUCAACACUCGCCUUAUUUCAAUUUUCGAUGAUGGGUAAAUACACAUUUCCCUAUCUAAUGUAAAUUUCAAAGAAUAAUCUAAUUUGGCGCCCAGAUACUCUCGGAGUAUUUGAUUACGAAUCUUCAGAUGUAUUCAUGACAUACGUCAUACUCCAACACAAAAUUGUCCAUCAUCUGAACAUGAUUGUGAUGCCAUUUCCCGAGAAUACUUGCGGUGAACAUGGAUAUAGCAAACAGAUCCGCGUUCAAUAUUUCGUCAGAUGAGGACGAGCGGUUGUUUUCCUUGACUUCAACCACCAUAGUUGCAUCGGUUGUUUCAAUCAUCAUCAGUGUAACUAUCGUAGGGAACAUCCUGGUCAUUUUAUCAUACCUUCGUGACCCUCAUCUCCAGGCGAAAGUGGGAAACCUCUUCAUCGUCAAUCUCGCCAUAACCGACUUUUUGGUAGGUUCUUUGAGCCUGACAUUGAAUCUGUCAAGGUUCCUCAAGGGUUACUGGCAACAUGGUGAGGUCGUCUGUAAGCUUUGGCUUGUCAUCGACUCCAGUGUUUGUUGGAUAUCAAUGGUCACGAUGGCUCUAAUCAGCUGGGACCGCUAUUGUUUGGUCACCAAGGGUCUCAGGUACAGGUCAUUCCAGACCAAAAGGCGUGUUGGUGUGCUUCUGGUCAUUGUUUGGACAGGGGUGAUCGCUUUCUUCUCCUUGCUCACGUUUUCAUGGACUCCGAUAUCUGGACGACAGAAUGUUGACUACACCAGAGCCUGCAGAAUGGAAUUCCUUUUCGAUCCCUACUGGACUGUUUUCAUCAACUUGAUUUCGUUUGCCGCCUUACUUUCGAUUGCGAUAAUAUUGAAUCUGUACGUUUUCAAGGAAAUUAGGCGAAGAUCUUGUCGAAAGUCUACGGUAGUGCAUAUAUCCUCACGAAAUAUCGGCCCACAAAGUCCAGACAAAAUUGCGGACAGAUUACCUGGCGAAAGUGAGGAUACUCAAGGCGAGCAGUCACAGCAUUCGGGAGAUAUAAUGGAAGUUAAACUUGAUGGAAAUAGCAGCAAAAUUACAGAAUCCACUCGCUAUCUUGUGACCAUUCGGAAUAUCGGAGACAAUACGAGCAACUCAGACAUUGUUGGCCCUAACAACAUUGACGUUGCGGUUGACGACAAGAGUGAGAAGAUGCACUUUGCAAGACACCGGAAAUCAGCUAUUGUUCUCAGUCUCAUAACUGGAAGCUUUAUUCUUUUCUGGACCCCUUACAAAGUAAUGACAGUAUUUUUCCCGUUUUGUGGACCAGGUUGCGUCCCGGCCGCUACAUGGGAACUGUUAGAAGUGUUAGCUUGGUGCAACUCAACCAUAAACCCGUUUAUAUAUGCUGCUACAAAUGUGCAUUUUCGAAGAAACUUUCGUCAUUUUUUGUUUCUUGAUCGAUGGAAGAGUGUACGAAGCAGGACAAUGGAUAGUUAA